CUCGCCUGUUACUGUACUGUACAUGAGCGGAGGGAGGAGCGAGCGUGUAGUAUUUCUUUUUUGGUUCUUCUUUCCUCCCCCCCACCGCACACACCCCCUCCUCCUCCUCCUCCUCCUCCUCCUCCUCCUCCUCUCGUCGUUGCAAACCCCAUACAAACGCUUUUCUGCAAGGCAGCGGAACGCGGGCACAACAAACUGUUCGUCUUUACGCAAACGCGUUCGCAGCGCGGAGGACGAGGGGCCCGAGCGAGCAGCGACAUCUGUGCGAGGCGGCGGAGGACCGGGCUCGGGACCGAGGGAGAGGGGGGGGAGACGUGGUGGAGCCUUCCAGCGCUGCAGCGACACCCGGGCAGGAACCGGCGGAGCCCCCGCGGACGCUCUCCCCGCUUCGCCUCCGCCUGAUGCGCUGAUAUCCAACCGCGCACCGGUUGCCCGGACCGCGUGGGUGGGUGGGAGGGGGAACCCCCCCGCCCCGACGAGUUCCCUGAGACCUGUGUGUUGUGAUGAGAACUGGGAUCUGAAGUGAGGACACCUGAGCCAGCACCAAGGGAGGCAGAGGCAGAGGCGAGGCGGACCACACAACGCAGGAGGCCCGGGGAAAUCAUUAACCACACACAGACACGCCCAGUACGACCGGAGGAGAGUGAUCGUAGCGUUCCUCGGCGUCGGAGUAACACGACGAUUUGACGCAACGUCGUCGCACAGAGCUGAUGAGAGAAGCGGAGCAAACGUCUUCUACGAUUCCACAGUGAAUCCGUCCGGACCAGACUGGAUCCCGCUCCACCCUCCGUGUCCCUGAGAACCGACACCCAGCACCACCAGCCACGCCCCACCCCACCCUCGGCACCCAGGGCCUGCCCCAGCAGAACCUCCGACAUCUCACAUAUCCCGCUGAUUCACACCGAGCUACAAAGCACCAGCCGCGAAAGGGGGGUCAGCUCCUUGUUGGGAGACCCCCUUCCUCCCUCCCUCCGCAGGGACGGGACCCUGUCAUGUUUCACUGACUGACCCCUCCCAACCGGCGAAUGACAAGCGUGCAUCCGAGGGUGGGGCUUGCCUCAGUCUCUCAUAAUUGGCUGCUGGAUGGAAUUAAGGUGAAUGGAACACAUGCCCAAGGAGCAGGACUCUAACCCAUCAGAGGGAGAAGAGAAACGGUGGCUCAAUGGCCCGAAAAGGAAGAGGAAGAACAGCCAAUGUUCGGUGAAGAGUAUGACUGGGUACAUCCCCAGCUACCUCGAAAAGGAUGAGCCAUGUGUGGUGUGUGGCGACAAGGCCACAGGUUACCACUACCGCUGCAUUACAUGCGAGGGCUGCAAGGGUUUCUUCCGAAGGACCAUUCAAAAGAACCUCCACCCCAGCUACUCCUGCAAGUACGACUGCUGCUGCAUCAUCGACAAGAUCACCCGCAACCAGUGUCAACUCUGCCGCUUCAAGAAAUGCAUCGCAGUGGGCAUGGCCAUGGACUUGGUGCUGGACGACUCCAAGCGGGUCGCCAAGCGCCGCCUGAUCGAGGAGAACAGGGAGCGACGCAAGAAGGAGGAAAUAGUGAAAACCCUCCAGAACCGUCCAGAGCCCACCGGGUCCGAGUGGGAGCUGAUCCGCCUGGUGACGGAGGCCCACCGGCACACCAACGCUCAGGGCGCCCAGUGGAAGCAGAAGCGCAAAUUCCUGCCAGACAAAAUUGGCCAGUCCCCGGUUGCCCCCACGUCAGACGGAGACAAGGUGGACCUGGAGGCCUUCAGCGAGUUCACCAAGAUCAUCACUCCUGCCAUCACCCGCGUCGUCGACUUUGCCAAAAAACUGCCCAUGUUCUCUGAGCUGCCUUGUGAAGACCAGAUCAUCCUGUUGAAGGGCUGCUGCAUGGAGAUCAUGUCCCUGCGAGCCGCCAUGCGCUACGACCCCGAGAGCGAGACGCUGACGCUGAGCGGCGAGAUGGCCGUGAAGCGGGAGCAGCUGAAGAACGGCGGGCUGGGCGUGGUGUCGGACGCCAUCUUCGACCUGGGCAAGAGCCUGGCGCAGUUCAACCUGGACGACACGGAGGUGGCGCUGCUGCAGGCCGUGCUGCUCAUGAGCUCAGACCGCUCGGGCCUCACCUGCAUGGACAAGAUCGAGAAGUGCCAGGAGACCUACCUGCUGGCGUUCGAGCACUACAUCAACUACCGCAAGCACAACGUUCCCCACUUCUGGCCGAAGCUGCUGAUGAAGGUGACGGACCUGCGGAUGAUCGGGGCGUGCCACGCCAGCCGCUUCCUUCACAUGAAGGUGGAGUGUCCCAACGAACUCUUCCCUCCGCUCUUCCUGGAGGUCUUCGAGGACCAGGAGGUGUGACACACACACACAGAUGCCACCCAUGUAAAGGGAAGGAAGGAAGUUGGGCUAAAACAAAAAGAACGGCAGAUGCGAAGGGCCAUCGUUUUGUUUCUUUUAACAGGGGGAAGGAUGGAGGCAGAGCCCCCCCCCUCUCGGCAGGAAUCUGCGUUUCCUCCGACAUCACAUUUACACGAUAUGUGAUUUUUUUUAAAACAACAAUAACAUAAGCAACACACCAGCAAACAGGAGAAUCGAGCAAACAAAAAGGAUUUUGGUUUUUUUGAUCGCCCUCUCCUCCACCUCUGUCCCCUCCUUCAGUCAACCCUGUUUUCAGAUCCGUGUGGGGGCCCUUCUGUCUGAGCAUGAUGUCUUAUCUAGCAAGAGUUGUAGCCAUUUGCCAAGACACACACACACACACACACACACACACACACACACACAGCCUGUUCCACCUCAGUUCCUCGGAGCAGCGCUCUUCACAGGGGCGUCUGUUUCUCGUUUUUUUUCAUAGCGGUCAUAGUCGUACACGUCUCGAACGCGCUGUGUCUCCGGCGUCGCCGCUGGCCAGCACUUCUCAGUAUUAUUUAUGAUUACGUUUUAAGGCAGUAAAUCAAGACAAUAUGUUCAUCAGUGACAUAUUAUCACUCACACAAAAGCAGGCGCGCACACACACACACACACACACACACACACACACACACAGUCAGCAAACACACUGCAUCGGCCGUAGCGGAGCCGCCAGACCUCGUUUGUUCUCAAUUCCUCAAACUCAAUCUGAGCCGAUACAGCUUCUCAUUCUGUGAAGCGACAACUUUUUCUUCUUCUUCUUACAUCCCACUGAAACCAACUGGUGCUAUAUUUAUACAAGGCUACUCCAGUUUUAUGAAAUUGUGUCGGGGAAAAAAGGUGCAGACCGUAACUCCAUAUCUACCUUUUUUUUGUCAUUGGACCGGCUCCUGUGACAUAUAGCACACACACACACACGAGCAGACUUGCCUAGUCACUGCCUGUGCUGCUUGUGCCCGCAGCCCAGCAUCUUAUGAAUGACAAUUAAGCCCUCAGCUCUCUCCAAGGAGUUACUGCAUUGAGGAGAAGACGGAAAGGGAGGAGGAGGAAGAGCUGAGAGGUGGGAGGGAGGGAACAAGAUGUAAUAGCUGGACUGCAGAUUCGGAGUCGGGGGUCAGAAAUAAAUCUCUCCCAGCCUCCAGCCUCCGAAGAGGUUUGGGAUAGCAGCAACCAGCAGCAGGACAGCAAAAGCUCAUCUUAUACACAGAGACACACACACACACACACGUACAUAAAGAAAACAGACAACAUCACCUCAGAGUAACGUGAAUGCCUCAUUUUACUGUAUGCACUGCGUGGCAGUGUCGAUAUACAGCCCCAACCUGCAGGGUUUCUACAGAGUCCCCUCCUCACGGACUCAGCUCAGCGUGGCCCCUCCAGGCUUCCAUACACGUUUGCCUUUUUUCUUUUUGGUAUGUUCUGGUUUUUUAGUUUGGUUUUUCAAACCAUGGGCGUCACUGAGAGCAGGCGAAUGCCAAGAAGGCUACCAUUUACCUCAAUGUGGACUACGCCCCCUCCUCCACCCCCAGGCUGGGGCAGCGGUACUGCCCCUGUGGUUUCAGGCACUACCUCACCUCUGUGGACACGGGGUGGCUGCCCUCAGCCUCACACAGACACAACCCAUUCUUUUGUUUUUUGUGGUGUGUAGGUGCACACUUGUAGUCACGGAAAGACAAAAACACUCACCGCACACACACACACACACACACACACACACACACACACACACACACACACACACACACACAUCCUCAUGGCUAUCACUUGGUUUUGAAAUGAAAAACCACUGAAGACAGGAGGGCCGGCCACCCCCCCCCCUCCCCCCCUCACCCUGCGAGCUUCGACCGCCCUCUGGGGGGAAUGGUACCCAUUUGUCUUUUUUGUUAUAUGGGACCAAGUGUCAGCGUGUUUUGGAGAUUUGGAUUUACAUAUUUCUGUCAAAACAGAAGGAGCGUGUGGAUGUGCAGCCCAGCUGACGAGGAGGAUCGAUCGCAGACUGACUGAACAGAACCAGUGGUGGCCACGUCCGUCUGCGACACGGCGAUCUUCCAAAUUACGCGUAUGAUUGCUGCCAUUGGAUCACGACGAAUAUUAAAGAUAAACUGUCUCUUUCACGCAUGGACAGUGCAUUGGACAAUGAAGCCUCCUCAGACCGCUCUUUUAGUCUCGUGCACUUUACCGAUGCUCACGACGAAAAACAAAAGCAGUAAUAUCUUGUGACUAACGUCCGUGGCAGAUGUCCUAGUGUAUUAGCCAAACGACCAUUGGAGAAUGUUGAUUCGAUUAAUUACAAAAAAAAAGCCUGCUCUGUUCAUUCCAAUUCUGGGGCCAAGCCAAAUCUGACUGGGUUUACCACUCGUGCGAGAAGACGACGAGAGAGAAAGGAGAGACUUUGAGUAAAAUCUAUGUCAUAUUCAAUGCCAAGCAGUAGUUCGUGUACUGGGUGACGUGCAGCCCUCAGAAGUACCUCGGCAGAGGAGCGUGUAGCAGGAAUCCUGGGUAAUCGUCGUCACGCGCGGCCCGAGCCGAAACUGCGUCAAACGUCCGGAGCGGCGCCGGUGGACGACGGAGCGAGGAGGCGAAGUCUGGUCCGACUCUCCGAAGAAUCCCCCUCCUCGAGCGCCUCACCGCUUCCAGAGAUCCCUCGCCCGCCCCCUCUUCCCCCGACCUCGCCCCCUCACUCGAGCCCCGUGAUAGUGGGGGGCCUCUUUCUGGAGCCUAGCUCAGACUGAACUACGGCCCCCACCCUCAUUACAGCCCCAACACAGCCAGGCUGGUGGGAGCUUUUGCACUACUGCAGCAGUCCUCCUCCCUUUUAAAGUUUUAAAUAUUGUCCCUUGGUUUAUUACACAUUAGCCCCCCCCCCUCCUGACCUGCUCUGUGUAACAGAGGCUGGCAGUCGCAGUGGGCUCAGUCCCAAACCUGUCUUGUUGUCAGUAUUAGACCAACAGCACAUGACCCUCGCCCCUCACGCCGCCAUGGACGGAGAGACGUCCCUGUGUAGACGAGUAGGGAGGGCUGUGUAGCACUUAUUCAUUUUCCUAUUGUCCUUCCUAUAGCAAAAUGCAAAUUUGGAGCCCUACUUCCAAAAGCCUCCUCUUUUAUCCUGAUCCCCUUCCCCUCCUCUUCCCUAAUCACCCCAUCCAUCCUAACCCACCCAACCCCAGGUUGGGUCGUCCCUAGUUUGGCCCAGAAUCAUUGACACCAAAUUGGGAUCCAGGCCUCUCCCUUGUGAGACAAGGCUGGCCAUCACCGCCCGUCAGAGUGGCGCCAACGAAUGAAUGUGAACGGCAAAGCAGCGGCGACGGGGGAUACGGGCGACUUGAGCGCGAGAAUGUGAGGAUGCGAGAGAAAAAGAAGGGAGCGUCGGCGACCCUCGCUGCCAUCGGUGACAUGGGGGAGAGACGGGGGGGGGGGGGGGGUGUGGCCGGCUGCAGAGACGAUGUUAACGAACACUCGGAACAAAGGGGGGGGGGGACGGCGAUUGUGGAAUAUGUACGACCUCCCCUUCGGUUCCACAGCCGACCCACGUGAGCCCGCUCCCAUGCCGGCUGACAACGCCAAACCCCCCCCCCCAGCUCCAUCAAAAAGGAUAACCUCCAACUUUCACGUGGCGAGGAUCAGGAAGAGAUCCAUCCCAGCGAUGCAGGUUUGGAAUUCCAACACGUCUUUGUAAAAGAACUGAAAAACGGAAACAGUGCCAUCCGUUUCCUUCUGGCGAGCUGACCGGUAUGUGUGUGUGACCGACGGGGUUCUAAUGCUGCUUUACAUUCUGAAUCUGAUUUAGAUAAAGAAAGAAAAGAAAAAAUAUAUGAAAUGAUUAUAAAUCCGUGAGGCAGAAUGAAAAGAGAUGACUUUAAAAAAAAAGAGACUCCUGAAUAAAAUGAUUGGAGAUUUUUUUCAUUUUUAUCAUUUUCUUAUUUUCUUUUUCUGUUGGUUUUUGGACACUUAAACUGCUCUGUGUAAAAGAGGAAAAAAAGAAAACAGCUGUCGUCACUUUUUGACCAUGCGUGCAGUGUAACAUAGGAAAUAUUUCACUUCUUUUUCACAUCUAUAGUUUGUGUUGAUAAGCCAACUGAUCUGUUUGUCUGUGCGUCUGUCCAGUUGUCCGUCCCCUCUUAUCAGGAGGAAUUUACAACCAACAAAAACAGGAAUUUCUUUUUUUAUAUGUUUGUUCUUUUUAUGAUAUACAACUUUGGAGGAAAAAAAAAACAAACAUGAAAAAAAUAAUGCAACAGAGAAACUGAAAAUACAAAAAAAAAAAAAAAAAACACCAAACACAAUCUUGUCAUACCUCACAACACAAAACUCAAAGGAACUUGGGAGGGGUCAUAUUUUACAGGCACAUGUGAAAGUUCAGCGAUGCAUAUAUAGAUCUAAAAAAAAAAUGUAUAUGUCAAGGUAAUAUGUGCUUGUGUGUACGCAUCAGUAAAAGUUACAAAAGGAGCGUUUCCCUCGCGCCCUGGCGCCUCUUUCUCUCAUCGAUUUGGUUCUCAGAUGACGGGAGCUGCGGCGCGAACUUAGCGGACGUCUGCUAACGCGAGCGCGUCUCCAGCCAGGCGACACACAGUCUACAGACGGCAAGCCUCAAAUGUGAAUGGCCCAGAGCCCGAGGGGAACUCUGACUCUUUGUAAUGCCUGAGUGUUUUAUGGUAUUGAAUGUAGCUGACAGGAGGGGGCUGGACCUGAGCCCGGCACCCACAACCUAACUUCCACACACCAGCAGAAAGAAUAGUGGUGUCACACAACCAACAAAACUGAGAAUAUAUAUAUAUAUAUGUAUAUAUGUAUGUGUAUAUAUAUAUAUAUAUAUAUAUAUAUAUAUAUAUAUAUGUUGCCCAUCUGCAAGGUGCAAUACUAUGUUAUGUAUUUUUGUAUGUUUUCUGUUUUGUUUUUUAUUUUCAUUUCAUUUUACAUUUUUAAUUUUUUUUGGGCCAUAACCAAGGAUGUAAAUACAAAAAACUCAAGACAGAAACACUCGAGAUUUUAUUGCAGAGUAGAUUCUAAGCCGCCUCAUUCAACCGUACGAGAUGGACAAAAGCAAAGUAAUGUGUGUAAAUGUGUUCUUACGUUUGUAUGUGUGCACUCCCUCACGUGCAUGCAGAUCCAUAUUCAGAAGUGCUCCGUGAUAUUAAUCAUAAACCCUGUGCCUCCUCUUGUUUGCAGAGAGAUAUUUGUAUCCCUCGUGUUCUCACAACAUGACACGCCAGACAUGAACGCCUGUGUGUGUGUGUGUGUGGGUGUGGGUGUGUGUGUGUGUGUUCGCUGAUGUCCUUCCAAACUAUACAUGUGAGUGUCGCCGGCAGCCACGGAGGCUAAAGGUCAGGAGGGCAAGGAGGGUUAAUUAGGUGGGAGGCGGAAAAGGGAGAUAUGAAGAAAACCCGAGCAAGUUGUAUUCUUAUUCAUUUAUUUGACAUGAAUGUGAGCUAACCUGGCUGCUGCGCACUCACAUUAUAGUUGAAAAUUGGAUUGGAUUUCGCCCCAUCUGUCCUGGCGCCCGUGGCCUCUCACGAGCUGGCCUCCAAAUCUCACAAGCUCAACUCGUUCACAUAAAGCAGUGUUGAUGACCCGGACACAUUUACAACUGGGUCAAUUUGUACAAAGCCCCGUUUACACUCGUCUUUUUAACUUCUCCGUUGGCCAGAUUGUAAAUCAGGAUCAUACCACUCCAGCCCAGAAGGGGGUGCUAAUGCGCCUGAAGCUGGAUUAGAACUAGUCAAAAUGUCAAAAGAAGAAUAACCAUAAUAGACGUACGGUAGUCAACAGGUCCGUAGAGUGAAGCCAAAAUGCAGAAGUGCCUGAAACCUGUAUUCUCUCAAAUGACCAGCAGAGGGCGACUCCACUGCUCUAUGAGAAAAUGACUUUGACUCUGACGCCACUGAACAUUUUCCUGAGGAGAUCAUCUCUCGUUCAAUCUCUAGGUUGAAGUCCUCUUCAGUAGAGUACGAUGGUCAUUUUGUAAAGCACGGUCUCAGUCAGGCCCCGCCCCCCACUCCAAAUGUGGUCACCUCUGGUUUUUAAAAAACCAAGAUGGCGUCCGGGUGCUUCUAUGUGGCUAGAAUCCGUCUUCUCGGUCGCAGUGACGUCUAACAGGAAAAAGGACCUGAAGUGUAAACGGGGCUUUGAACAGUUUGGUUUUCAACGCUCACAGGUUUCAGCAGUUGAAAGUUAUUUUCUCCCAUAACUCAAAGGGUUUCUCCCAGAUUUCGAGGCGGACUUCGUGGGCUCUUUAAACUCAUCCCUCCAUAUUUAAAUAUGUGAGGAUCCUGGUUUAUUCUCGCAUGUUGACACAUUGGACCAGGAAGGAGAAUGUCUGUGAUGGUUGUUGUUGUUUUUUUGGUUUUGUUUUCUGGUUUCAUGCUUGUGUUCGCUCCCCUCCAUGCCAAAAGUAGUUUGUGAAAACCUGCAAGUAGCAAGAUGUCUAUGCAAUUCCCCUCCCACUCCCUCCAAAAACACCACAACAACGAGCCAGGUUUUUGUGUUUUUUUUGCUCAUGAAAUCAAAUUCGGCUUGGAAUUCCAGAGGAAUCUUUGCUUGACCUAAUGACCCUUGCUACUUUGUGUGGGCGGGGGUCCUGACCGCGCCCGGGGCGAGCUGGCCCCAGAGCCCAGCCCACCGGCUGGUCCUCGGGGUCCCUAUCUUUUUACCGUAGCCCCGGUCCCGGAGAACGAGUCAGAGGGGAACUGGGGGAUGUUGUGGAGAACAAGGAUUCUAUGAGAUGUGCUGUUUUUUGUAAACUGCUCAGAAAGUGGUGUGCGUGUGUGUGUGUGUGUGUUCGUUUGUAUUUGUGUGUUGUUGAGAGGUUUGGGUUCUACUCGCGUCCAGCCUGGAUGCAAUGCUCUCACCGCUGGGUGGGUUGAACGCCCAAGAUUUAGUCAAGCCCCUGAAAUUCAAUCCCUCUGCAAUAUGUGUGUGAAGCUUUAAUCUUUCUGUCCUGCGACCAAGUUAAUGUUAACGGUGGCGGUCGAUGUUCGUCAGUGGGAUGAACAGUACGUAGCAUGAGCAAGUUUGCUUAAACCCAUUUACCUCUGCUUCCUAAACGUGAGGGGAGGAUUUGAGCCGAAUUGCAAUCAAACAAAUCUUUCCAAAAAAUGUGAAAAAAUAAAUGAAAUAAUAAUCAGCCCACUGGAGAAGAACAUCUACAACCUGACCAUCACUUGUACUUGAGCACCUAACUAAAAAGCACUUUGAAUGGCCCCAAACCAACAAAUCCCACGACACGUGGAAGAAUCUUUGGUAAUAAUUGCGACAAGAUAAAAUAAAAUCAAUAAAUUGCAACCAAACCAGCCUUUUGCGCCGUUUAACGUUUUUUUAAAUCAGUUUAGCCCGAGAAUAGUUGCAGCGUUUAAGCAGCGACGGUUAAAUGACCAAUUAUAAAGUUUACGUUUAUUUCUUAAUGAAGUGCAAUAAGGGAGUGAGUGAACCUUUGUAGCAUAUCUCUCGUCUCAUCGGAUUUUUAUACAUUUGUGGGGAAAUAAUAAUGAUAAUAAUAAUAAUAAUCUCAUUAUUGCUUUUAAAAAACGUGCCCACCCGUGAGAGCAUUGAAUAGACCCACUCCGCACGCACGCGCACACACACACGCACACACACACACACACACACACACACACACACACACACACACACACACACACACACACAAACGCAGACCACAUUUUGUGACUGGGUAAAGGAAGCUAUUGAAGGAUUCUCUCAGGUAAAAGAACAUUUUCUAAUAAAUGAUGAUGAACCUUAGAUGAAAA